AUGGCUCAUCCCAUAGUACCUCCCUUGCCAAAUAGCGAGCAAGAGCACACAGGCCUAUUGGCCCCCCGGGGCCUGGUGGUGGGCUCGGCGGCCAAUCGGGUGGCCCACCACACCUCCGAGUUCGCCUGCCCCCACCUGGUGGUGCGCCGGGGGCAGCCCUUCGACCUCCGCAUCCUCCUGCCCCGGCCCUUCGACCCCGAGGACGACAGCCUCUGCGUGGAGCUCACCCUCGGCCCCAACCCGCAGGUGGCCAAGGGCACCCACGUCCUCAUCCCACUGGGCGAGACCUCGGCCACCGGCUGGACGGCGGAGGAGGAGGAGCUGGAGGAGGGGGCGGAGCGUCCCGGAGGCCCCGCCCUCCGCCUCUGCGUCACGUCCCCGCCCGACGCUCCCAUUGGCCGCUACCGCCUCAGCGUCAAGACCCGCACGGGGGUCGGGGAGUACGCCGCCCCCUUCGAGGACGCCAACGACAUCAUCCUCCUCUUCAACCCCUGGUGCCCCGAUGACAACGUCUACAUGGAGAAGACGAGCGACCUUAACGAGUACGUCCUUAACGAGACGGGGCGCAUCUUCUACGGCACCGAGGACCAGAUCGCCGAGCGCUCCUGGAACUACGGGCAGUUUGACGCAGGGGUGCUGGAGGCCUGCCUCUACAUCCUGGAUCGCCGCGGGAUGCCCCACAGUGCCCGGGGGGACCCUGUCAUGGUGUCCCGUGUUGUCUCCGCCAUGGUGAACUCCCUGGACGACAACGGGGUGCUGGUGGGCAACUGGACGGGCGACUACGCGCAGGGCACCAACCCCUCGGCCUGGGCCGGCUCCGUGGACAUCCUGCGGGCCUACCACCGCGGCGGUGCACCCGUGCGCUUCGGCCAGUGCUGGGUCUUCGCCGGCGUCAUGACAACCGUGCUGCGGUGCCUGGGGCUGCCCACCCGCACCGUCACCAACUACAACUCGGCCCAUGACACCGACGUCUCCCUCACCACCGACAUCUACUUCGACGAGAACAUGCGGCCCAUGGAGCGCCUCAACACCGACUCCGUCUGGAACUUCCAUGUGUGGAACGACUGCUGGAUGAAGCGCCCCGACCUCCCCGAUGGCUACGACGGGUGGCAGGUUGUCGACGCCACCCCGCAGGAGACCAGCAGCGGGCUCUUCUGCUGCGGGCCCUGCUCGGUGACGGCGGUGAAGAAUGGCGAGGUCUUCCUCAAGUACGACACCCCAUUCGUCUUCGCUGAGGUGAACAGCGACAAGGUGUACUGGCAGCGGCAGCCCAACGGGGCCUUCUCGGUGGUGCACGUGGAGGAAGGUGCCAUCGGGCGCCGCAUCAGCACCCUGGGGGCGGGCUCGGGGGCCCGCAUGGACAUCACCCACCAAUACAAGCACCCCGAGGGCUCGGAGGAGGAGCGCCGCGCCGUCUCCACAGCCACCUCCCACGGCUCCCGGCCCCGCACCCGGGGGACCCCGUCCACCGGGGAGGUGACGGUGACAGUGGGGGCGGGGCCGGCAGUGGCAGGGGCGGAGCUAGAGCUGCGGGUGGUGGCCCUGAACCAGGGGGCGGAGCCUCGGACGCUCCGCCUCCGCCUGGCCCUUGCCCCCGUCCGCUACACCGGGGUGGCCGGGGCCCCCUUCCGCCAGGAGCAGCACCGGCGUGCCGUGCCCCCAGGGCAGGAGGAGACGGUGACGAUGACGGUGGGGUAUGCGGAGUACGGCCCCCACGUGGGUGACCAGGACGCGCUGAAGCUGUCGGUGGCCGGGGCGGUGGAGGAGACCGGGCAGGUGGUGGCCAAGGAGCUGCGCGUGCGGCUGCAGGCGCCCGACCUCACGCUCACACUGCUGGCGCCGGCGGUGGUAGGCCAGGAGGUGCCGGUGCAGGUGGUCUUCCAGAACCCGCUGCCGCGGGCGCUGACGGGCGCCGUGCUGCGCAUGGAGGGCGCGGGGCUGUCCUGCCCCCAGGCCGUCACCGUGGGGACGGUGGAGGCGGGGCAGACACUGCGGCUCCGGCAGCCGGUGGUGCCGCUGCGCCCAGGGCGCCGGCGCCUGGUGGCGGCCAUGGAGAGCGCCCAGCUGGGCCCCGUGCAUGGCACCCUCCAGUUCGACGCCGCCCCCGACCCUACUGGGAGCGCUGGGAACGCUGGGAGCGCCGCCGAGCCCCCGCCCCGCACCCGCAGGGGGCGACGCCGCCGGGCGCGCCCUGCUGGGAGCACUGGGGGCCCCCCCCUGGCCCUGCGGCUGGCGCUGGCGGGGGCGUGGCACGUGGUGCGGGGGCGGAGCCUGGCCCAGUUCCCGCGGGUGCUGCGGCUGCUGGAGGCCGUGGUGGUGCGGAUGCUGCAGGAGGCGCAGCCGGACGGGAAGAUCCUGGACGCCAUCGACUCCUUCUUCCCCGAGGGCGAUGGCGCGGCCAUGGCGGAGCACAGCCAGGCGACCCCGCGGGACCUGGCGCUGGUGGAGGAGGCGCAGGAGAGCUUCCGCGAGCUGGUGCUGGCGCUGCUGGGGGACAGCCGGCGGCGGGCGGCAUACCUGCGGGGCCCGGCGGGGCGGGAGUACGGGGAGCCAUUCCUGCAGGCCCUCGAGAGCCUCUUCUACGAGUUCCUGCAGCGCCUCGAGAGCGCCCUGCCCCCCCCCGACCUCACCAAGCUUCAGGAAGUGGUGUGGAGCCAAUUGGAGCCCGGGCCCCACCCCCGGGAGCUGCCAAUCCUCAGCCGGUACCUGGUGGACAUGGGCCACGCCCACCGCGAAUUCAUCGGUGAUGUCAUCAGCGACUCGGACUCGGACGGCUUGCCCCGCAGGAAGCUUUACAAUGGCACGUUCCGCGGGAGGCGGGCCACGGACUACAACUCCCAGCAACCCCCGCGCGCCGGGGGCGGCCGCCAUUUUGUGCGGCGCCGGGGAAGGGGCGCGGCUUGA